AUGGCCCCUCAACAGCUCCUUAGCAACGUCGCGUGGGCACCCACCGGUGCUAUCUUCGCAAUCUGGAUCAUGUUCUUACUCGCAUCACCAUCUGCCGCUUUCGAGUUGCCAUCCUUCCUCCGGUCCUCUCUCGACGUCAACCGACCUACCGGUGCAACCGCCUACCAAGCCAAUCAGCCCUACGAUGGGCUCGAGUACCCUCUCUUCGGACGCUUCGUCUUCCGUCCCGCUCUCUUCUGGCUCGAAGGAGGAGUGCUCGGUUUCUGCAUGCUCUUUGUAUUGAUCCACUACGUCGGCAAGACACGCAACCUACAGGUGGCCAGCCGGAUUGCUGCUGCAGCCCUUCCAACACUCGAACAAGAAUUUGCUGUUGUCGCUGAUGAUGAUGGAAGGGGUCACUUGCUCUGGAAUGGAGGCAACUCGGCUCUCAUGUUUGCCUCGGGCCGACGAGGAUGCACGAGGUUGCAUGUCACGUUCGAUCUCAUCGCUCGACACGACCCUAUGGAGAUCCUAUACACUCUUGCCAAGGACAUUGUGCUUGCUUCUACCGCCUCAUCCUUCCGCGACACGGUCACUUUCACAUUCACUCUGCCUCCCACCAGUGACAACGUCUCGGGUGUCUUUGCUCUGGUCAACAAGGGUGCGCUACAGCACACCCGAAGCGGUCGAUUCGACUUGACUUUCGCCAAGGUCAAUGACUCCGACAGUGCUGUCACCUCGCGAGGCCUGUCCAAACAGUGGGCCAUUAUGAGCGAAGCAUCUGAUCUCACCGACGGUUUCCUCGGCGAACCUGAUCAGAAGGGUAUCGCUCACCGCUCCAAGCUUGGCCUGACCGACGUUCUCGAAGGACAAGCUGGCAAAUUCCUCGACAGUCUUAUUCUUACCGACCAGCCUUUCACUCGCCCUACACGCCCCAUCCCUGUCGAUAAGCGCGAACGUCUUCUGAUCCUCACUCUGCAGCUUCCCAAGUCGCGUUCCGACAUGUCCAAGGCAGUCGAGCUCCUCCAGCUGGGAUGCAACUUGGUGGAUGCGCUGGACAAGGGCGUCAUCAAGGCGCGCAGCGAGACUUUGGCCAAGUUGCGCAAGACCCGUGCACAGGUGGACAAGGAGAUCGAAGAGGAAGCCACCAAGGAGCAGCGAGAGGCUGAACAGGAGGCUAGGGAAGAAGCAAAGCGCAAGGCUGAAAAGGAGAAGUUCGACAAAUUGAGCCCUGCCGAGCAGGCCAAGCGCAAGGAGGUCGAGAGGAAGCGUGCAAUGAAGAAGGCUGGAACCAAGGUUCGCUAG